AUGUCUGAAAUACCUGCAUUUGUUCCAUGGACGAGACCUUCUAAUAUUCAACCUUCAGAAGAUCAAGCAAAAACAUCCAAUCAACCGGUUAAUUUAGUACCAAUUAGUAAACUUAUUAUGAAUGUACGAAAGCAUUUUUCAUAUAAUGAAUUAAAUGAUUUUAUUGAAAGUCUCAAUCGUAUCGACACAAAUAUGAAAAAAUGUGAAUUUACUCCAUUACAAUUGUAUGCAUUGCAUAUCAAUAGUACGGGAAUUGAUAUGAGUGGACAAAAAAACUCGUCAGUAUAUCGACCAAAUACACAUAUACGUAAAAAUGAUUUUUUUGGUCCAUGGAAUUUUAAUUAUCUAUUAAAUUUAAUUUCAAUUGAUUAUGAAACAAAUGAUAAUAAUAAGAUUUUUCCAGAUCUAUGGUGUACUGAAAUUGGAUUGACGAAAAUUACUGUAAUUAUACAUAAUACGACUAUUGAUCGAUCAGAUGAAAAUGAAAACAAUACAACUACGACAGGAUCACAAACGAAAAAAGAACAACGAACAUUACUCGAUUUUUUAAUUGCCAUUUGUCGACAAAAUCAAUAUGAUGAUAAAACAGCUUAUGUUUGGAAGGAUGCAUUAAAUAAUGAACAUAUUUUAACAAUCGAACAUUUGAAUAAUAUUACUGAUAAGAAUUGGGAUCGUUUAACUAGCAUACCAAAUUUCGUUCGACAAAUGAUCCAAGAUUACAAACAACUCAAUCAAUUUAAUGAUUCUUCACAAAAGACUCUUGUCGAUCCAUAUAAAACAUCAAAAGCAAGAUUACUUGCCGAUAUUCAUUGUGUACGACGAUAUAUUUAUUCAACAAUUGGUCAACUUGAACAAUUAUCUUAUCUUGAUCCGAUCGCAGUUGAUUUAGCUAUUGAUGAAGUUCGUCGUACUUAUGAUGAUGAUAGUGAUGUUUUAAUAAAUAUUCAGAAUUAUUUACAUACAUUUUGUUUAAAAAAGUUUAGUGAAGAUCUAGCAACACAAGAACAAAAACGUAUCGAAUUACAAACUGAAUUAUCAUUAUUAAAACAGAAUUAUCAAAAGUUUAGUAACGAUAGAGAUCAAAAUAAAAAUGAGUUGAAUCGUUUGGAGAUUGAAGUAAGACAUUUCGAAAAUAAAUAUCAAGAGAUUUUGAAAAAUGAAAAGCAAGUUCUUCAAGAAAUUGAAAAAAGAAAAAUGUGUGGACAAAAAGAACUUAAUACUAAUCCAGGUGGAAACUGGAAAAAAUAUCUAGAUGAAGCAGAACAAAUUCAAACAAGUUACAAUAAGGAUAAAAAAACGAUCGGAGACGAAUUAGCUAAAAAACGUACAAUGUCUCUUGUAGCACGAGAAAAAUAUUGUAUUAUUAAUAGUCUAUGUAGUAAUGCAGAAGAAAAAAUCAAUGAUCUUAUUCAAUAUACAAAAUUAAAUUUCGAUGAUGUACGUGGAAAACUUUUGGUGAAAUUCGGACGUGGAUUACUCUUAUUUGGACCACCUGGUACAGGUAAAUCUGAAAUUUUAAAAUUAGCAUCGGUACUUGCCGGAUUUACUAUUAUUACUCCACCACUAUCUGCUGGAGAACUUAAUCGACCAUUAGUAGGAGAAACUGAACGUCUUUUGGUAGAUAUUAUGAGUCGAGCUAAUACUAUUCCUUAUCUUAUAUGUGCACUUAUCAUUGAUGAAAUUGAUGGUCUUGUACCAAAACGUGACAAUAAUGCACAUCAAGGUAAAGUUGAUGGUAUUAGUGUACUUUUAUCUCACAUUGAAGGUGUCAAAAAUAUUCCAAAUCUGAUUUUACUCGGUGCCACCAAUCGAAAAACAAUGAUGGAUGAAGCUUUUCUUCGACGAAUGCAAACAAAAGUAUUUGUUGGACGUCCAUCACCACGUAUUCGAGAGAAAAUGUUUGAACCUUUGGUGUACAAAGAUCCGAAAAUAUUCAAUAAGAAAUGUAUGGAGUUUUUAGUUCGAAUUUCAACGAAUUUCAGUGGAGCAGCACUAGUUGCUCUUAAAUCAGCUAUACUUGUGUCAAUCGAUAGACGAUUAACCAUUGAUGAAGAUACGUUAUCACAUAUUGCUGAACGAGUAGCACUUGAAUACAAUUUUUAUUUUGGUUCAAAUACAUUACCAGAAAUUUGGCGUAAAAAUAAAGCAUUUUUUGAUGGAGCAUUCCCUACGAAAUAUUCAUUGGUUAUACCUGAUGACAUGGGUUUACCAUCAGGUCGUGUUCUUAUUGAUCUUCAUGAACGAAAACGCUUUCUUGAACUUCAAAAUCGUGAAAGUUUUACAAUGGAACAAGAUUUAAAUGAUAAUGAAAUUGAUUUUGUUUCAAUUAUGCCUCGAUUAGUACAUGGCUGUAAUAGUCGAAAUAUUGAUACAUUACAAAUUAUUGAUCAUAGUUUUUUAUCAAAACAGAAUGCUUUCGAUGAGAAAACAAUUUUCGAACUGCUCAAUGCGACAUUCGAUGAAUGCAAGCAUUACAAUCGUUGGAUGAUCAUUUUCCAUGUCGAUUCUUUAAUUAUAUUACAAAAGAAUGAAUCUCAAUUUUCAUCAUCGACAACUAUUCAAAAUCUUCAAAUGUAUCAAUUUAUUAAAGAAAAUAGUCUUAUGACUUUGAUUGAACCGAAAAAAUCAGGAGACUUAGGUGGUCCUCGAGAACAAUGGAUUGUUCUUGUUGUUAAAAAUCCUGAAUUGAAAUCUUUAUUAAUUGAUGAUAUCGGUUUUAAACAAACAAAAGCACAACAAGUACAAGAAGAAACUGAAAAGAUUAAACAAAAAGAUGAUGAGCAAGAAAGAAAGUGUCCAAAAUGUUUGAAAAAUUAUAUACCAGCUAAGGUCAAUUAUGGUUCAUGUCAUUAUCAUGAUGGAUUUGUUUGGGAUAGUCAAAAUAAUGUGAGAAUGACAGGAACGAAAGCACAAGAAUUAACAAUUCGAGCAGCACUUCGAAAGAAAUCAAAUCAGAUCAAUAAUAAUCAAGAUGAACCAAAAUUAAUAUGGGUUUGUUGUUUACGCAUGUAUGGUGAUCGAGAAUGUCAAACAGGUAUUUGCGGAAUUCCAGACGAACUCAAAGAUAUAGAUUUCGGUAAUAAAGAUCCAGUAGAACUCGUACAGGAACAUUUUCUACGAAAUAAAGAAGCGUUGCAAACAUUACAAAACUUCACGAAAAAUAUUGUAUAA